AGUGAGUUAGAAGUGUACUAUAAAAGGGAAUGACCAUGGCAUGGAUGUUAACACUCAAAGCUGCCUACUCAAUUCAAGAAUGGGUGACAACAGACAAAAACAUCUGCAUUUUGUCUUCAUGAACUAUGAUCCUGAAUAUGAGCGUCUUCAAUCUGAUAGAACAAAGAGGGGGGCAAGGGAGGUGGAAAUGUACUUGACCAAGAAGCAUAAUGACUUGUUAGCUAAGAAACUUGAGCCUGGAUCCUACCACAAGACCUUAUCUUUGUUCAUUGUUGAUGCUUUUGCUGUUCAAAUCACUGAUGCUCAGGCCAAUAUGCUUAGAUCUGCAAAGGAAGUUAGGGUGGUGGAGAAGAACCAAGAGCUUGAUGCUUGAAAUAAUGUUAUUAGGUUAAUUGGUUGAAGCAUUGUUUUCCUUAAGUUAAGAUCUAGUUCUACCUAGAGGCUGGCUUGUAGCAUAUUUAUACACACAUGUGUAUACAUACAUAUAUGUAUGUGUGUGUAAGUUUGGCUACACUUGUAUAGCAUAAGUUAUUAUUAUAUGAUGUUUCUGUUUAGUGCUUGAAAAAAGGAUGUAUCCUUAUCUCCAAAUAUAUGUCAAGAAUUUAUGGUUCACUUCUUGUUA